GUUAAUCGUCAGUGAAAUUGAAAUAACAGUGAAGAAAAAGAAAUUCAAUUAAAUAAAAGAAACGAUAAAAAAAGUUAAAAGUUAAAUCUUAGAUACAAGUUAAGUUAAACCUUUAAAAAAUAAAAAUUUUCAAUUCAAAUUAAUAUCAAUCAUACGCAACAUGGUCUUGAGUGAAGAAAUUGAACAAUUAAAGUUACAAGAACAACAGCAAUCUUUAAAAGCCCAAGAAAAUAAUAAUUAUCAAGAUUCCACCACAACCGAUAUAAAUGACAAUUUGCAAGUGCCGCAAUGUUUAAAACUUCAUCCCAAUAUCGAAAAACUUAAACUGGAAGAGUGUGUUAAAACUCAACAGGGUAAUAAUCAUGAAGAAAAUCGUAGGCAAGAAGAAAAUACCAAAAGUCGUACAGAUUUAGAAAACUCUGAAACAGCUCAAAUUAUCGAGGAGAUAAUUGAGGGGAUUUCUUUGCAAGGGCGCCGGGGUACAUUAGUACGCACCAUAUCAGCUGUUUUAAGCCAUCGUGAACAGGAGCAACGCAAUGCUGAAGAUGUUUUAUUCGACAUGUUCUACAAUGAGGAGACGGGUCUGCUUUCCAUGGGCAAAUUCUUGGCUGCCCUUAAGACCACCGGUAUUAGGCGUAACGAUCCCCGCAUUAAGGAGCUUAUGGAUAAUUUAAAGAAAGUUCACAAAUUAUCCAAUUAUGAAUCGGGAUCGUCUGCCGAAACACAAAAUCUAAAUCGCGAAACAUUUAAGGCUGUUGUGGCCCAAAAUAUUGUCUUGAUUGCCAAGGCUUUCCGUCAACAAUUCGUUAUACCCGACUUUGUGGGUUUCGUCAAGGAUGUAGAGGAUAUUUAUUGGAAAUGCAAAAGCAAUACCGCUGGCAAAGUGGCCGAUUAUAUACCACAAUUGGCCCGUUAUAGUCCUGAAUCGUGGGGUGUUAGUAUUUGCACCAUUGAUGGCCAACGUUAUUCCAUUGGUGAUGUGGAGGUACCCUUCACUUUACAAAGUUGCAGCAAACCUUUGACCUAUGCCAUUGCCCUGGAGAAGCUGGGCGCCAAUGUGGUGCACUCGUAUGUGGGUCAAGAGCCCAGUGGUCGUAAUUUCAAUGAAUUGAUUUUGGAUUAUAAUAAUAAACCCCAUAAUCCCAUGAUUAAUGCUGGUGCCAUUUUAACCUGUUCCUUGAUUCAUGCAUUAAUCAAGCCCGAAAUGACUCAAGCCGAAAAAUUCGAUUACGUGAUGUCGUGGUUCAAGCGUUUGUCCGGCGGCGAUAAUAUUGGCUUUAAUAAUGCUGUAUUCUUGUCGGAACGUGAAGCUGCCGAUCGUAAUUAUGCUUUGGGUUUCUAUAUGCGUGAAAAUAAAUGCUAUCCUAAACGCACAAACUUAAAGGAUUGUAUGGACUUUUAUUUCCAGUGCUGUUCCAUGGAGACAACCUGCGAAGCCAUGGGCGUUAUUGCCGCCACCCUGGCCAACGGUGGUAUUUGUCCCACCACCGAAGAGAAAGUAUUCCGCCCCGAAGUUGUACGUGAUGUCCUCUCAAUUAUGCACUCUUGCGGCACCUACGACUACUCCGGCCAGUUCGCCUUCAAGGUCGGCCUGCCCGCCAAAUCCGGUGUCAGCGGUGCCAUGAUGUUGGUCAUUCCCAAUGUUAUGGGCAUUUUCGCCUGGUCACCACCUCUCGAUCAAUUGGGCAAUUCUGUGCGUGGUGUACAAUUUUGCGAAGAGUUAGUGAAUGUCUUCAAUUUCCAUCGUUACGAUAACUUGAAACAUGCCUCCAACAAGAAAGAUCCGCGCAAACAUCGUUACGAAACGAAGGGUUUGUCUAUUGUCAAUUUAUUGUUUUCGGCAGCUAGUGGUGAUGUGACCGCUUUGCGAAGACAUCGUUUGUCCGGCAUGGAUAUAACAUUGGCCGAUUAUGAUGGCCGUACAGCGUUGCAUUUAGCCGCUUCCGAGGGUCAUUUGGAUUGUGUGAAAUUCCUGUUGGAACAAUGUCAUGUGCCCCAUAAUCCCAAGGAUCGUUGGGGUAAUAUGCCCGUUGAUGAGGCGGAGAAUUUCGGCCAUAAGACAAUUGUCGAAUACUUGAAACAGUGGGCUGAGAAGGCUCAGCCGACUGAGGAGGUGCCAACAGAGGCGGUUGUUUCGAAAACGGAGGCAGAUGAGGAACUCAUACCCGAUGAAAUUAAUCCCGCUUACGAUCGCAGUUCUACCGCUAGUCCAAUGCCCUCAGAAGGUAGCAGCAGUGGUCCUGAUGACACUACACGUCCCGGCUUGUAAAGACUUUUAAACACAGUUAGAAUAAUCAAAGAGAAAUUUUGUGAGAAAAGGAAUCUCUUACUAGAAUAUUAAAUAAUAUGCUUUAAUUUUUUUUAUAUUCGUUAUAUAUAAUUUAAAAAGAAAUAACUAUAUAUAGUUUAAAAAUUAUUUGGCUAAUUUUGCGAGUAGUUACAAAACUUUUCCUUGUUUUUAGCUUUAAGCUUUAACAGAAUUUAAAAGAGAAAGUUAACAGAAAAAAAAACAAAUAAUCUCGAAUUGAUAAAAAAAGUUAAAAGCCCAGCUACUUAUAGAAAGAAGAGUACUUAAGUUUACAAAUAAUAAUGACUCAAAAAUCAUUUUUUUAAUUAAAAAAAAACUCCAAAGAUAUUGAAUGAAACCAGUGUUGAAUUAUAGAAAUAUAUAUAAAAAGAUUAUGAAAUGACAAUAAUAUUUAACUUAAAAACUAUACAAAUACACAUAUAAUUUCCAUAUAGAGAUCUACUUAAAAUACAAAUUUAAGUUUCAUAGUUUUUUUUUUUCAUCAAUUACAAUUUCAUUUUCUAUAUUUGUAUAUAUGUAUACAAAUCAAUUGCAACACGCCCUCUUUUCUGCCCCCUUUUUUUUCUUGAUAAACAUUUAUAUAUCUAGUUCCAUAAUAUACUUUAGUUAUAUAUAGCAAAAAGCUUAAAUAUCUUUUUAAUAAUAAGCUUAAUAAUUAAUUUUCAUUUUUCUUUCGUCUGUGUAAAACACCUGUGAUUAUUCGAAAUUUUUUUAUUUGUAUUUUACUUAAAUCAUAUUACUUUUUUUAUUAAUUUAAAUUAUUAUUUUUUGAACAUACAUAAUUUAUAGGCUUGUAUUAUUGUUUUAUUAGGGUUUUGUUUAUUUUUAAUUUUUAAUAAUUUUCCUAAAUAAAUAUAUAGAGUUUUAAACUCGUUUUUGAUUCCUUUUAAUAUUUUGUUUAGUUAAUUAAAUAAUUUUAUAAUUCAUGAUCACAUAUUUUUGUUUUUGUUAGUAAGUUUAUGAAAAUAGUUUAUUAUCAAUAUUUUCUAUAUGUAUUUAAUUAUUUAUUAAGUCUCCAUUAUAGAAAACAAAAACCAUUAUAUUAACUACUUACUUAUGUUUAAACAAAUAAGUUUGUAUAGAUGUCCUAAAUAUUUAUUUAAUUGUGUUUCAGAAAUGAUAUAAAAUCAAAUAAAAUAAAUUAAAACGAAACAAAAAAACAAAA